AUGUAAGAAGUAAGAACAGGCAACCCAACCUGCUAAGAGCAAAGCCCAAAAACUAAAUCGUUCGAAGUUCAGAUGCCAACAAAAUCAGAAGCAUAACCUGACCGACAAGAAAGGACCAAAUUUCGGUAAUGGCGUCUAGGAUGGAUUUCGUUCCCGAAGAAGGCAAGUGUCUUCAUGAAGAUUGCACCACUUUGAUUUUGCCUGCCUUGUCGAUUGGGAAUGUGGGGCAGCUUGCUGCUGACCUUUUAGUUUCAUCAAUGGGAUCAGAACGAGUUGGAUAUUUGGAUGACCCUCAUGUUCUCCCCUGUGUUGGGAACGAUGCUUAUGGACCUGUUCCUCAAGGCGACCUUGCGCUCCCUCUUGAAGUUUAUGAUUCUCCUUCUAAUGCGAUCACUAUUAUCCAACAGAGAUCCCCAAUCGUUAAGGGUAUGAUGCUUGAAUUUGCAAAGAACUUGUCUGAUUUUGUUUAUGUUUCUGGGAAGAAGCAUAUUGUUUUGCUCUCUAGCUUAGAUUUUGGGAAGUGGCAAAGAGUUGACAUGUCAAGUGGUUUGCAGAUAUAUUACCUCUCUAGUGCCAGCAAUGGCGGAGUAGAUGAAAAGUGCGAGCAACUCGGGUGGAAGAAACUUCAGGAAUACAACCCUUCUCAGAAGCAUUGGAAAUAUCUUAGCAAUUUAGCUGAAGGAAAUGCAACUGGGGAAGAAAUCUCUCCUUUAGAGGAUGAAUUGGAAGAAGAAAAUUAUUAUGCUAGCUUGCCUUUUGCUGCUCUUUUUUCAUUUCUCAAGGCCAAAGGUUUGAAGGUGACUUGCCUGUUAUGUUAUUGCUCAGAAGGAGACAACAUGCCUGAUGCUUUUCAAUUAGCCGAUGCUGCAUGCAAACUUCUUACACUGAAUCCCAAUGGAAGUGGUGCUGAUAAAUGGCGCGUUCCGCUCUCUUGGAUGACUGUAUAUGGACCGCCUCCAGAUUUGUCCAUCUUCUGAAACUUGAUUGGCAUUAUAGUGAGACAAAAUCAGAAUGGAGGGUGCAGGUUGGAGAAACUGGCCAUGGAUUAGUAUACUCAAGGGAGCACGCCAGCGGCUCAGUCACAUUUUUUUCCCCCGAAGCAUGUAACCUUUAAACUACCGACGAAAGGGAUGUGCGCUGACAUUUCAGAUUCUCUGUAUUUGCUUUGUUAUGUUGCUAACCAGUUAAACAUAUGAACUAGAAGCAUAAUGAAUCAAAAUUCAGUCA